GCCUCGGCAGUGUCGUCAUCUUAUCAGGAAGAGAAACGCAAGCCACAAGCUGGCGGCGUCGGAAGCCAGCAAAAAGGCGUAAAGCCAUUGCUUUUUCAUGCUAGAACAGAAUAUAAACCAUAGUUUUUGAAAAGUAAAUGCCAUUUUUGGCGAUACAUGCAUCGUACAAAACUACUUGGUCGGAGUUAACUUUUCUCGUGUUCGACCAAGGACGUCCAGCAAGGUGUCGUUACAAUAACUUAAUAAGCGCACAAUGCCGGAUGAGAUGCGAAGAGCUUUGAUCCGGAGCCGAGGUGACGCAGGAGGAUGCGGGCCUCUGGAAGGAUGCGCGUUUGAAGCUGGCGAUCAAGUGGUCGGCAUCUUGGGCACCGGCGACUUUUCCCGCUCACUUGCCAGGAGACUGGUGGCUUCUGGAUACCAGGUGGUCGUGGGGAGUCGAACCCCCAAACGCUGUCUAAUGCUGUUUCCCGAAGAGGCAGAGGUGACCUCCCAGCUGGAGGCGGUCAACAAGGCGGACCUGGUCUUCGUUGCCAUCUUCCCAGAGCACUACUCCACAUUGCAGGAGUUGAAGCCGACGCUGGCUGGGAAGACCUUGGUGGACGUUAGCAACGGCUUGCACGUCAAGCGAGGCGGGCCGUCACACGCAGAACGGCUGGCCGACAUGUUUCCUGAGAGCUCCGUAGUGAAAGGCUUCAACACAAUAUCGGCGUGGGUGCUUCAGACCGGACCUCGAGAUGGAAACAGACAGGUGUUCCUGUGCAGUGACAGCAGCCAUGCCAAGAGCUCAAUCAUGGCACUGUGUCGCAGGAUGGGCUUCUGUCCUGUCGAUAUGGGGCCGCUCUCCUCCUCUGUGGAGAUCGAAAACCUCCCCCUCUACCUAUUUCCUUCCUGGGGCACCCCCAUCCUCAUCAGCGUGAUCCUCUUCCUCUUCUUCUACUUGUACAACUUUGUCCGGGACGUCUUGCAUCCGUUCGUCACCGAAGGAAAGAGCCUCUUCUACAAAAUGCCCAUCGAGACGAUCAACGUCACCCUACCCUCCGUCGCCCUGGUGAUGCUGGCGCUCGUCUACAUGCCGGGCCUGUGUGCCGCGGCGCUCCAGCUCUGGCGGGGCAGCAAAUACAAGCGAUUCCCCGACUGGCUUGACAAAUGGCUCGUCAGAAGGAAGCAGUUGGGGCUGUGCAGCUUCCUGUGUGCGGCCAUGCACGCCAUCUACAGUCUCUGUCUGCCCAUGAGGCAGUCGGCCCGCUACAAACUCCUCAACGCCGCUUUCAAACAGGUGCAAGAGGGCGUGGAGAACACCUGGAGUGACGGGGCGGUGUGGAGGAUGGAGCUGUACCUCUCGGCGGGCAUCUUGGCGCUGGGAAUGCUCUCUCUGCUGGCCGUCACCUCGCUGCCCUCAGUGGCUGACAGCAUCAACUGGCGAGAGUUCAGCUUCAUACAAUCCACACUGGGCUAUUGCGCCCUGUCCAUGGCCACCGGCCACACGCUCCUCUUCGGCUGGGACCGCGCUUUCGACCCGGGCCAAUACCGCUUCUACCUGCCACCCACCUUCGUUCUGGUCCUGGUCCUUCCGACCACGGUCCUGCUGGGCCGCCUCGCCCUCCUGCUGCCCUGCAUGGCCCACCGCCUCCAACAGAUACGCCGCGGCUGGGAGAGGAGUCGGCACAUCCGCUUCAUUCUGCCCAAUGAUGGCUGCUACAACGGCCUGGACGAUGUCAGCAACGUUUGAUGUGCACCGGACAAAAAGUACAGCUCUUUCAUCGUGCCAAUUUGCGUGUAAUUUAAAAAAAAAUGUUGACCAUCAAUCUUUAACUGCAGGAUUUUGACUUCUAAUGUAUUCCUUCGUCCUGCUGUUUGCGUCCAACUGCUGCCCUCUACAAGCUCACGUGGUCUAAACUUGUCCACCUAUUUUAAAGAGUUUUGAUUAAAGCCUUUUCUCCUCUUCAAAUAACCUCCUGUUGAGAGAGAGUUAGUCGCUUGAGUCUCUUUUUGAGGUCACAAACAUUUAUGAUGUGUGGAUGCUGCCAUCUUGUGGCCCCAAAAGGACUAGUCACUUAAUAUCUGCUCCGGAUUUACUCCUCUCUGAUAGAAAAUGGAUGGAUAAUCAGUCCCAGUUUUACCACACCUUCCACCCAAGCCAUAAUGUACUCAAGCAGGGCCGGCUCUAGAUUUUUUGUGGCCCUAUUUAAGUCUUUCAUAUUACCAGUCACUUCCUCCUUGCAUCCGCGUCAAUUCAUGCAAAUUCGAAUUAUGUGCGGCCUCUCAAUUUUGUCUAACGUCUAUGCACAUGUUGACCAAUAAGCGUCCUUUUAAGCACUCAAUUUUAAAAUCUACCGUCUAAUCAAAGUAUGUUUGUGUCUUGUGUAGACGACGCAGGAACAACAACGUGCGACAAUCUAUCAACUCUUAAAUGCACCAUAGUUUUGUGUUCUUUCGAACUUCUAUCAAGGUUCCAUGAAUGUGCCACAAUUGUUUUUCCGAACUUUUAUCAAGGUUCCUUGAAUGUACCACAAUUAUGUGCUCUUUUGGACAUUAAUCAAGUUCCUUGAAUGCGACACAAAUGGGUUUUUCCGAACUUUCAUCAAGGUUCCCUGAAUACAUCACAAUUAUGUGCUCUUUCGAACUUUAAUCAAGGUUCCCUGAACGCACCACAAUUGUGUGCUUAUUCGAACUUGAAUCAAAGUUCUUUGAAUGCACAUCAAUUAUGUGCUCUUUCAAAAUUGGAUCAAGGUUCCUUGAGUGCACCAGAAUUAUAUGAUAUUUUGACAUUUAAUCAAGAUUCCUUAAAUGCACUACAAUUGUGUUUUUUCAAACUUUCAUUAAGGUUCUCGGAAUGCACCUCAAUUGUGUGCUCUUUCGAACUUUAAUCAAGGUCCCUUGAAUGCACCACAAUUAUGUGCUCUUUCAAACUUUAAUCAAGGUUCCUUGAACGCACCACAAUUUUGUGCUCUUUCGAACUUCAAUCAAGGUUCCAUGAAUGCGUGACAAUUGUGUUUUUUCGAACUUUCAUCAAGGUUCCUUGAAUGCACCACAAUUAUGUGCUAUUACCGACUUUAAUCAAGGUUCCUUGAACGCAUCACAAUUGUUUGCUGUUUCGAACUUUAAUCAAGGUUCCUUAAAUGCACCACAAUUGUGUUUUUUCAAACUUUCAUCAAGGUUCCUUGAAUGCGUCAUAAUUAUAUGCUCUUUUGAACUUUAAUCAAAGUUCCUUAAAUGCACUAUAAUUGUGUUUUUUAAAACAUUCAUUAAAGUUCUCGGAUUACGCCACAAUUGUUUGGUCUUUUGAACUUUAAUCAAGGUCCCUUGAAUGCACCACAAUUGUAUGCUCUUUUGAACUUUAAUCAAGGUUCCUUAAAUGCACUAUAGUUUUGUUUUUUAAACUUUCAUAAAGGUUCUUGGAAUACACCACAAUUGUUUGCUCUUUUGAACUUUAAUCAAGGUCCCUUGAAUGCACCACAAUUAUGUGCUCUUUCAAACUUUAAUAAAGGUUCCAUGAAUGCGCCACAA